AUGAAAACCACUUUGCCUCAAAAAUUGUACAACAAUGACUCUUGCAAGCUUGAUUUUUUAUGCUCGUUUACAAGUCCCAUAAGAAAUCAGUUGACAGUAUUUUCACUUAAAGAUUUUUCACAGGAAAAAUCUAUUUUAAAUCUCCCAGAAUUUAUUGACGAAAAUAUUUUCAUUUGCCCUCUUCCAGAUAAUAAGAUGUUUUGCUAUGGAAACUUGUCAUGGGGUUAUAAAGAAUAUCUCGCUCCCGUAGUAACUGGGCUAACUUUUAUUAUAAACCCAGAUUUAAGCACAGAAAUUUUAGAGGAAGGUAUUAAAUGUUAUGGAUCUGGAGGAGUUUUUUAUGACGGAAAUGUCUAUAUUUUUGGAGGAUAUACUCCUUGCAUUAAUAUAACCUGCCUGGAAAUGAAUUUUGGAGAUAACUCUAAGCUUAGCCGAUCUGGAGAAAAAUUUUGGAAGUAAUCUUAGCUGGCUCAACAAGCCUAAGUUGAUAAGCCAACUUGGUUUACAAAUAAGCCAAAUCAUAAUUAUAGAGCAAUUCAUUAAAUCUAUUCCUAUGGUAUAUAAUGAAAAAAGAAGAAUUGAUAAAAUAGCCUUGAAAUAUAAUUUACAGGACAAAAAUUGAAAAAUAAUUUCAAGUCUCCCAGUUCCUUCAUUGUUUUGUUCUUGCGUAGAAUAUAUGGGACUUAUCUUAGUCCCCCUCCGUGAGUGAACAAAAAAAUUUUGUUCACUCACGGAGGGGGGUUAAUUUUUUUUUUUAAAAAAAAAUUAUAUAUAAAUUUUAUAAAAAAUAUUUUUUUCGAAAUUUAAAAAAAUCCUAAUUCGCAAAAAUUGGAAAGCAAAAUAUUAAUUUAAUUUAUAAAAUUUAUGUUUUAAAAAGCAAUUCGUUUAAAAUUAAACAGAAUUAGCUCUAGAUUUCAUUAUACUAAUUAUAAUUUAUAUAUCAAAAAUUUUUUCCAUAAAAAAUUUUUCUAUUAAAAAAAUUUUUGUUCACUCACGGAGGGUGGGUUUUUGGGCAAAAAAUAGCGAUUUUUCUAAUGGUUUUGUUCACUCACGGAGGGGGGGGAGUUAGUAUAAUUAUUUACAAAGAUUAGUUAUAAUAAUUUUGUUUUUAGCUAAAGUAUGUUUAAUUAAAAAUAUAUUUUUAUAAUGAGGCCUAACCAGCAUUAAUGCAUUUAAAUUCUCCAAUAAGGUAUAGGAGGUACGAGUACGUCAAAUAAAAUAUUCGCUUACGAUAUAGCUACUAAUUCUUAUUCAGAAUUUUUAUCACUCUCCCCCUCCAUGAGAAAGAAGAAAUCAUUGAAAAAUACAUUUUUUCCACAGCAUCUAGAAGUAAAAAAACAAAUUAUUUAUAUAUUUUGAUAUAGAAAUAAUAAUUAUUAAAAAAAUGAUAAUUAAUUUUAAACAGCUUAAAAUAUGAAAAUUAUUAUUAAAAUUUUUAAAAAAUUUUUUUUGAUUAUACAUUUAUAUAUAAAAUUUAAAAACAUUUACUUAGGAGGAGUCGGGAAUUGAAGAAACGAAGAUUUUGUGUAAAAACAACGGGCAUGCUUAUAUUAUUAAUCCACGUGGAUUUCUUUACGAAAGCGAAAGCAAUAACCCUUUUGUAUGAAAAUCUAUAA